CGGGAUCGCCGGUGAAUCCGGAGGGUUUGGGUGAAUAGCUGACAGGAGAAUGAAGUGUUGCUGAUCUGAUCUCCGGCGACCCGGGGUUGGUUUUCGGCAUGGCUCCGGAGCGAGCCUCGCUGCUGCUGUUGUUGAUGGCAGCUCAAGUCUUUCCAUCCGUGUCCGGCUGCAACAGAGGACUCUACGAGAGGAUCAUCAGCGAUUUCUGCUUGGCUAAGUUCAGAUUUGACAUGGAGGGAGUGGAUCCAGGACUGUGGUGCAGCUGGAUGGACACACAGGAGAUCUACGGGGGACUUACAAACUGCACCUACCAAGUGGCCCUGAGGAUGGACUGCUUCUGGCCCAACCACAUCGUGGACCACUUCUUCAUGCAGGUCCACCGGCUCUACUUCCACGACUGCGCCCUGACCGGCCGCCUGCUCCACGACCCGCCGGUGGCCGUCCUCGCCCCGUUCAUCGCCGUGCCGGUGCUCAUCACCCUGGUCAUGACGGCGCUGGUGGUGUGGAGGAGCAAGCGAACGGAGGGAGUGCUAUAGGGGUCGAGACCCGGAGGGACGGACUCAGAUCAUUAAAAGACACGCGUUCUGCUUUUUUUUUUUCCAGGGUCAUAAAAGUCAUUGAGAUUCAAGGGAUCUUGGAGGCCGUGCAUGUUAAUUACCAUCUGUUCUCACGGCCCUAAACAAUCUGCGAGCGCAUAAAUAACAGAAGAAAGGGAAGAAACAGCUGAACUGCAUGAGUGAUCGUCACAAGUGAAGAGAAAAAAAUUGUGUUUGGUGUUUCAUAGAUAUUUAAUUCCUAUUAAAGGCAUCUGCAAGCAUUCAAAAUGCACAACAUCUGCUGUAAUUGUUUACAUACGCUUUAAAAAUAGAUUAACUUCUCACAAAUACUUGUGGACUUGAUCAGAACUGGAUUUAGGAUGCAUGACAGAAUCACGGAAGAUGCUCUAUAGCAGAACAGAAUCACGGUUUCCGUGCCAGCCAGUAGAAGUACUUCACAAUCAUUGUAACUUCCGCGUCCGGAGACGACGCCUUCAUGGCGGACAUCAACCUAAAAGAGGCGGGGAAGAAGAGACGGGAAGAUUUAAGGAGAUCUGAAAUACGGUGAUGACUAAAUCAAACCCACUUGAGUUAUUAGCUAGUUAAACGUGAGGCAGUCAAUGAAGCGCAGCCUCAGGUGAGGAGCAGGUCCGACUUUCCCGAGAACUGUGCGUAAAUCUUCCCAAACUGUGAUCGUAAUUAAAUACAAUGUCAUACUUUCUUUUCUUUUUUUUUUUUUCCUUUCAUGUAAAAGUUACGUCUCAGCACUUCUCAAUAUAUAUAGUGCUUGCUGGGCUCUUCUGUCCUGUCACUGCUAAAGGGGUGUGUGUGUGUGUGUGUGUGUGUGUGUGUGUGUGUGUGUGUGCGCGUGUGUGUGUGUUGGGGGGAUUAAUGGUGGCUGUAUUAUCAAAGCAGUAACAGUUAAGCUUAGUCAAGCAGUGUUUGGCUUUUCUGAUUAAUGCCCACGUCUGUGACAGGAUUCAAAGAUGAAUUUCAGCAGUUUCUGAUAAUGAUGAAUGAAUUUGGUCGCCGAUUAAGGGGAUCAGGUGAGACCUCGCCGAAGAGAGUUAAUGGCUGGACUCGCGGAGGAAGCCGGAGGUUAAUAUCUCACUUGUCUCGGAAGUUGGAGGAGAGCCGCUCGGCCUCGGCAGAGUCCUUUUGUUUGAACUUCUGGUAGUUGGAGAAGGUCUCCACCAUGCCGAUGAAGCCGUUCAGCGUCACGGUCCUCUUAAUGCGGAAACAUUGGUUCCUGGAACGAGGUGAAGGGAUAAUCAGGACGGAGACGAGAUGUGGAACGGCGACGUCCUGGACGGGAACUCACCACUCUUUGUCGGGGUAAGGACAGGAGUCGAACAUGUCUGUGUAGAUCUUCACGGAGUUCGUUCCGAUGUGGGGGUUUCGGUAUGGAAACAGAAUGGCGUAGAACUAAUGAGAGAAAUGGAGAUCUUGUCAACACUUGGGAAGAGAAAAAAUUAGCUGAAUUUCUACACAUUGAUUCUGACAUUACUUCUUGAGUCUGACAUGUUUCUGUAUCACACAAAAACAGUUUAUUUGCUGAUCUUAUUCUCAAGUUUUAAACUGUCACUUUCACUACUGCUUGACUGUGUUGGUCUUCUACUGCAAACGUU